CUGUGAGGUCAGGUGGGAAGAAUCGGCCUGGAAGAUCCGGCGAGUGGACGCGCCUGCAGCCUUUUUGAGGUCUGAGGAAAGGUGAGGCCUAGCAGGGACCCAGAGCUCCAGGGAGGAUGGUGCGGAUCUUGGCCAAUGGGGAAAUCGUGCAGGACGAUGACCCCCGUGUGAGGACCAACACCGGGCCACGCAGCAGCACCUCUCGGCAGAGCCUUCUCAAUAGAGGCCACGCUGCUCCCCUGGGGGGUCCUGGCCUCCGGCAGCAGCAGGGGGUGGCCAGGCUGGGUGCUGCUCAGUCCCCCUUCAACGACCUCAACCGGCAGCUGGUGAACAUGGGCUUCCCCCAGUGGCAUCUCAGCAACCAUGCGGUGGAGCCCGUGACCUCCAUCCUGCUCCUCUUCCUGCUCAUGAUGCUCGGUGUGCGUGGACUCCUGCUGGUGGGCCUCGUCUACCUGGUGUCCCACCUGAGUCAGCGGUGACCUCUGCAGGGGGACAGGCUCAGGGGAGAGGGGGUUGCUCGGCUUUGGUGUAAGAGCAGGCGCAUUGGGAGUGGAUCCAGUGGUGCCUUGAAGGUCUGCUUAGGGAACGUGUCCAUGUACAAGCACGCUGCAGAGGGAACUUGUAGUCCAGCGUUCCUCAGCAGCAGGUGGAUCCCUUGAGAGGUUUUUAAGUGGCAUCGAGCCUGAGUUAAGCACAAACUCACAGCAAGAAAGGGAUUCCCUUCCCCUUCUCUUCCAAUCCUUUUUCGCCAAGAAGACAGUCUCGGCUCAGCACCAGUAUGUCUCACGCCCCUGGCACCCACGCUGACUUCCCCUGCUACUAGGGAACAGGUCUUAGGUGUGGGGCAGGUGGGAAGACUGCCCCACACUUUUCCAGACUUUUAUAGCCCUGUUUUAAUGGUAUAUUUUUAAUGGCUCCCUUUUAUUUAUGACAGGUGGUACUGGCAUCCUAUUA